AUGGCUGUCGGCUUCCUCACGUUCCUUUCAGGCCUCUUUGGAUGGAUUUAUUUCCUCGCCUGGAGCGCGUCAUUCUAUCCCCAGCCCUUGCUGAACUGGCGUCGUCGCUCCACCAGCGGCACAACUAUCGAUUUCCCCUUUAUCAACGUCCUCGGUUUUGCUGCAUACUUUAGCUCGAAUGUAGCUUUCUACUAUUCACCAGAAAUCCGCGCUCAGUAUGCUGCGAGACACAGAGGCCUCGAGUCUACUGUGCAAUUCAACGACAUCACUUUUGCUCUCCACGCUCUGUUCUUGUCCAUCAUCACAACCUCACAGUAUUUCGCUCCAUCGCUGUGGGGAUUCACCCCGAACUCUGGAAACCGACCCAGCCGGUUUAUUCUAGGGGUAGCAGCCGGCUGUAUCACUGGGGUUCUUUUGACAUGUGCUAUUGUUGCUUCAUCUCCCGGAAACGAUGCCGUCUAUGACUGGGUUGCCCUUGAUAUUGUCUACGCCGUAGGCUAUGUCAAACUUAUUGUCACCUUGAUCAAGUAUACUCCCCAAAUCGUUACCAACUACAACAACCAGAGCACCGACGGUUGGAGCAUCUCCCAGAUCUUACUGGAUCUUACUGGCGGUGUCCUUAGCGUCAGUCAGCAGGCCAUCGAUAGUUAUCAGCAGCGCGACUGGAGCGGUAUAACCGGUAACCCGGUCAAGUUUGCUCUUGGCAACAUCAGCAUGGUUUACGAUACCAUCUUCAUCAUCCAACACUACGUUCUGUACCAUGACUCAGAGAAGCCGCAGUCUAGCGGUCGGGAGAAUCAGAGAUUGUUGGAUGAGGAGCGAAGAGCGGAGCGCAGCGAGUGA